CGCAAUCCAGGCAGCCACCACUUAUUGAUUUCUCAUUCUUGGACCUUUCUUUUCUUUUCCCAUCGCCAAGUAGACAAGAAACGGGAGCCCUUCUUUCAGGAUAGCUCGGCGUAAUCGAUCGAUUUCCUGUCCUUUUGUUCCUCCUUUUGCAAUUCUUAAUAUCCAAAUUUUAAUCAGUACACUCGCUCAACUUGUCUAGCUACCACCGUCGCUCUUUUUUUAGCCUCACUCGCCAUCUCCAUAUCGCGCCCUGCGCUUAACUCUUGGCUUUCCAUCAGACCUGUUUCGCAUUUUCAGGGCCAAGCCGGAAGCAAAAAGUCAAGAACAAAACCCCCCAGCUGCCUUGACUCCGUUGCCCCUUUGGAAAGAAUAGAAGAUCUUCGGCGCUCCCCAAGACUUUUUUACUCCAUACCAAGCACACCAAGAAUUCAAACUACAGCAUACCAACGAGCAAACAGCCUCGAUCUAAUAUAACAGACUUCAAGAUGGGCUUCACCAAGAGCUCUCUAAUCUCGGCCGCCUUGCUGGCGAGCCAGGCCUCGGCCACCCUGCAGCCCAUCGUUAAGGAGGGCAACAAGUUCUUCUACGAGAACGGCACCCAGUUUUACAUGAAGGGUAUUGCAUACCAGCAGGCUGUCGGCGCCGCCGGUGCCGCUACCACACAAAAAACUUUCGUCGACCCGUUGGCGGACGAGAAGGCCUGCAAGCGUGACAUUCCCAACUUGCAAAAGGCUGGUACCAACACGAUCCGUGUUUACCAGAUUGACCCUACCGCCAACCACGAUGCCUGCAUGAAGAUGCUCGAUGAUGCUGGCAUCUAUGUCAUCGCCGAUCUUGGAGAGCCCUCUACCUCGAUCGACCGUGAGAACCCAGAGUGGAACACCAAGCUCUACGACCGCUACAAGGCCGUCGUCGACGUGCUUGCAAAGUACACCAACACGAUCGGUUUCUUCUCGGGUAACGAGGUCACAAACCAGGCGAACAACACCAUGGCCUCUGCCUACGUCAAGGCCGCAACCCGUGACACCAAGAAGUACAUCAAGCAAAAGGGUUACAGAUGGAUGGGUGUCGGUUACGCCACCAACGACGACAAGGAUAUCCGCGAUCCUCUUGCCGCCUACUUCAACUGUGGCGACCAGGAUGCGGCCAUCGACUACUGGGGAUACAACAUUUACUCUUGGUGCGGUGACAGCGACUUCACCAAGUCGCAGUACGACCAGCACAUCAAGAACUUUGCAAGCUACUCCGUCCCCGUUUUCCUGGCCGAGUACGGCUGCAUUGACGGUAUUGGCGGUGCUGAAGGCCGCAAGUGGACCGAGACCACCGCCCUCUACUCGGACAGGAUGACCGGAACCUUCUCUGGUGGUAUUGUUUACAUGUACUUCCAGGAGGACAACGACUACGGUCUGUUCAAGGCUAGCGCCAACGGCGGUGGCAGCACCAUGAAGAACUUUGACGCCCUCGUCAACGUUAUGAAGGAUGUAAACCCCAAGACCAUCGAGAAGAGCUCAUUCACCUCGAACAACAAGCCCCUCGACUGCCCCGGAAUUCAGUCGAACUGGCUUGCCGCCUCAGCCCUGCCUCCCACUCCCGACCAGGCCGUCUGCGAGUGCAUGACCAAGUCUGCCACGUGUGCGCCCUCCAGCAGCUUGUCCGAGAAGGACUACGGCGAGAUCUUCAGCUUCAUCUGCGGCGCCGGCGACUCUUGCAAGGGCAUCAACGGAAACGCUACCACCGGCCAGUACGGCGCUUUCCACGGCUGCGACUCCAAGUCCAAGCUCACCUACGCCCUGGACCAGUACUACAAGUCGCAGCGCAACUCCGCUACCGCCUGCGACUUCAAGGGCAAGGCCACCGUCGUCACCCCGCAGCAGGCCGCCUCGACCUGCUCUUCGCUCCUCUCGGCUGCCACCGCCGCCGCCGACAAGGCCAACGCUGGCGCCGGCUCCGGCUCCGACACGUCCAAGAACGCUGCGUCGUCCUUCAGGGCUCCGGGCGGUCUCGCCCAGAUGGCUCUCGGCAUGUACGUCGCCGCUGCUGUUGGUGUUGGUGCGACCAUGUUCAUGCUGUAAAAGUGGUGAUUGGAAUUUCGUUGGUUGGCAUAAUCUUUCUUUCUUAACCUCUCCUUUGUUUUGGAUUCUUGCACUUGAUACGCCUAUCGUGCAUUGGCAUUGGUUGUAAUGGAAACUUCUAGAGAACAAUAGGUCAAUGUGACAUUCUGACAGUUUAAAAAAAAGUUGGAUUGUGUUUGAGAUUGGCAUUUAUAGAUGAAAUCACGCUUUCUCAUUUCAAUAUGCUUCUCUUAUUUGUGAAUGCCGGGCUUUGAAACAAAAGCAAUGGUAAGAGCAAAUGCUAUUCGUCU